AUGUACACAGGAAAACCAAUUAAAUUUUACUUCAAAAACGUUAAGGUACUAUGCACUAAACCUACUCCUUAUGUCACUGUAAAAUGUGAGAUUAUUUUAUUAUUAACUAUAACCAUGCGUAGCGAUAUUUUUGAUAUUACACUCAAAGGAAAAUAUUUAGGAAAAUCUACUAAAAAAGAUAAAUUUAUUUUUGAAAAUAUUACUUACAAAGUAGGCAAAAAUAUUGAUGUUGAUUCAAGGCUAAUUCAUCCACACAAUUCUAAGAAAGAAAUUAAUAUGCAGACAUUAAUUAAAGUACAAAAUGAUUCGGUAAUUCCUAGUGUUUUUAAAGACACUAAGACUCAAUUAAGUUCAGUUCGUUUAGCAAAUUGGAAUAUUCCAUCUGGAUUAAAAAAAUGUUACUUGUCUGAAAAUAAAGAAUUUAAUGAAAACAUAUCAACUGAAGUUAAAAGUAAAAUUCAAAAGUUUUAUCCGGUUGCUUUUGAAAUUCUUACUUACCAAAAUUAUAAAUCAAAAUAUCAUACUCUUUUGUUCAUGGACGAAAUAGAAAUGAUGGCGUCUCUUCAAAAAUAUGCACAAAAAAAAAUACGUUUUGAACGUUCAGGUGAAUAUCUAAUUCUAAAAAUACCAAAUCUUUCUGGGCAACGACCUUCAUUAAUUGCUGGUGAUAAAGCUGUGGUUACAGAUUCACCAAACUGUACUAAAAAACUGGGUGAAAAUGGAUCCUUUGAAGGCACAAUUCAUAAGGUUUUAGUAGAUGAAAUAUGGUUGAAGUUCGAUCAAGAAUUUCACAAUAUUUGUGGUCAUUGGAAUUAUAGUGUGCAUUUUUCCCAUGCUAGAAUAAUGUAUCAAAUACAACAUGAAGUAAUCAAUGAAAUGUGGAAAAAGAACAGACUUGGCGAAUCAUUCUUGUUUCCAUGUAGGGAUUUCUCAGAAUACCAGCCAUUAAAAUCGAAGGUUCUAAGUCAUGAUAUGCCAAACACUAACAACAAUUAUGAGGAUAAUUCAAAAAAAAAUAACAAUACUAUGUUAUCAUCACCAAAAGUUGUGCAAAAUAUCAGAUGGUUUAAUAAUAAAUUAAACUUAAAACAAAAAAGUGCUGUCAUAAAUAUUCUGAAAGGUGAAGGGAGACCAAUGCCGUACAUUAUUCAUGGACCUCCUGGCACUGGUAAAACAAUAACAUUAAUAGAAAGUAUCAUUCAAGUAUACAAAGAAUUUCCUGAAAGCAAGUUAUUAAUUUGUGCUCCAACCAAUUCUACUGUUAACAUUUUACUAUCUAAACUUGUAAAUUCUGGUUUAUUUAAUAACACUAUUAUGAAGCGUUUAGUUACCUAUAAUCAUUUUAUUAGUUCAUCGUAUAACAUGGAUUAUGAUGAAUAUUGUGUUUUAUCUGAACUCGAAUGUUAUAAUACUGGUGAAUCAGAUACUAGGUUAAUUAAAAAAGAAGCUAUUCUCAAGUUACGAAUAGUUUUGUCUACUGAAGGCAUUACUGGAUUACUGUUUAUGAUGGGCUUUAAAAAUGGAAUCUUUACUCAUCUAUUUAUAGACGGAGCGGAACAAUUUACUGAACCAGAAAUGUUAUUACCACUUUCACUUUUCAAUCCAUACCAAGGUGGGCAAGUCAUAUUGGCUGGAGAUCCCAAGCAAUUGGGGCCUGUUGUUAUGUCAAUAUUAGCAAAAGACUCGGGUCUGGAACUAUCCAUGUUGUCUCGUCUUAUUAAUUACCCACCAUACCUAAAAGAUAUUAGCAGGUUUCCAAUACAUAAUGGUUAUAACCCAAAACUUACUAUACACUUAUUUCAAAACUAUCGAGCUUUGUCAGAUAUUGUAUGGCAAUACAAUCGACUAUUUUAUAAAUUUUCAUUAAUGCCAACUGUAAGUAAUAAUAACAAACGGAAAAAAAUAUUACUAAACAAAUUGAAUAAAAACGUUCACUGGAAUAUAGAUUGCAAUGGACCAGUUAUGGUCCAUGGUAUUGAUGGCGAAGAUUUCCAAGAUUUCAAAAGUUAUUCAUGGUUUAAUCCUCGCGAAGCCUUCCAAGUCUUAUUUUACUUUACAAAAUUAAUAAAUUCAGGAAUAUCUGCUGAUGACAUUGGAAUUAUCACUCAAUACUCUGCUCAAGUCUCUAAAAUUAAUGAAUUACUGAAAAUGAACCAUCCAGAUAUUACAUUACCGAAAGCAGGCACGGUAGAAAUGUUUCAAGGUCGAGAGAGAAUGAUUAUCAUCAUAUCCAUAGUUAGGAGUAAGAACUCAGCUGGACGAGACAAGAUUAAUAAAUUUCCCCAUUGUUUUCUUGUUGAUAAAGAACGCACAAAUGUCGCAAUAUCCAGGGCAAAAGCCUUGCUCAUAAUAAUUGGAGAUCCAUCAACAAUACUUACAAACAAGUAUUGGAAGAAUGUAUUGUACCAUUCAAUUUAUACUCAUAACUAUACUGGGUGUAUUGUUAAAAAAAUAGUUUUCAGAAGUUAA